UAGCGGACUGUUAGCUGACUGUUAGCGGACUGUUAGCUGACUGUUUGGUGACUGUUAGCUGACUGUUUGGUGACUGUUAGCGGACUGUUAGGUGACUGUUAGCUGACUGUUUGGUGACUGUUAGCUGACUAUUAUGUGACUGUUAGCUGACUGUAGGGCUGCCCGAUAAAUCGAAUUUUCACCGUCUUCGCGAUAUGAACAUGUGCGAUAAACACACGGCAUAAGACUGCCUGACACGGAUGAAUAAGAAAAAUCGUUUUGUUUACAUGCGCCAUGCAUGCACCGUGAGCAUGUCAACAUUUAGCCUAUCAGAUGGAGCCAAUCAGGGGCCAAUCAGAUUUAGCUCCAGCUAGCCGUUAGCUACCCUGACAAAAUUAAUCGGCAUCAGUUUGGUGUUUAUUGCCAGGUUAUGAUGGCUGAGGGAGGCCGACGAAGACCUUGUGGGGAAAAGGAACAGCACUAAGUGUGUGCUGGUUGUGUGAGUGUGAUGGAGGUGGACAUCCUGGAGUUCCAGGUCCCUGUGGAGAACAACAAGACUCUGUUUGUGUGGGACAUCCAGCCGUCUCACACUGAGGCUCAGAUCUAUGUGAGUCCACCUGGGGUUCAGGAGGAUCUGUACGCUGUGUUCUCGUCCUUUGGUCCUCUCUAUCUGCUGAAGGUGUGUCCUAAUGCUCCUCUCAAUCCGCCUGGGUUCUACGCCCUCAUCAAGUUCUACUCUGCUGCUCAGGCCUCAAAGGCACAACGGCAGACUGACGGUCGCUCGCUGUUCCAGAGCUCUCCACUCAAGGUGAGGCUGAGCUCCAAACACACUCCUCACUUCCUGUGUGACAGCAGCAGACCUCUGAGCCACGCCCGCUGUCUGGAACUGGCCAAUCACUGCUUGGGAUUCAACGGCUGGACCUCUGACAUCAUCACACUGAAGGAGCUCACCAACGAAGAAGAGGAGGAGGAGGAGGAGGGUGGCGGCGGCCAAUGGAGGAGGCUGAAGUUUGGCUGUCUGCUGCAACUCUCCUUCCCUCACCAUGCACAGACGACCAGAGCUGCAGCAGUGGUUGAGGACAGAUUCACCUGCACAGGUCCAGAUGUUCUGCUACAGAAACGUUGUAAGCUCCAGAAGGUGGUGAGAGAGAAAGCUCUGGUCCAGGCGUUCGCCACCGUACUGCUUAUUCUGCUAGGUGGAGGUAAAGUGAUGGUGGAGCUGAAACAGACCUCAGAUCAGUUCCUUCCUGAGCAGACUGAAGGAGUCCUGCAGGUGAAUGAGCUCACCUGGAGUCAGUUGGCUCCUGAUGAAGAGGAGGAUGAUGAUGAUGAAUGGGACCUGACUGUGUCGUAGACUGUGGACAGACAGAGUUGCAUGAUGGGAUGCUUCAUAAUGUGCAAUAUUUUCACAACUCCAGCGGUGACCUGUGAGACGGGAGGUGGAGCUAACAGACAGCACGGGAUCCAUCGAACUUCAAUCAUGUUGGGCUGCUUUGUGAUUUAAUCUAUGAUUAGAUCUAAUCAGAGUUAAAUGACACUCAGAUUUGAAAUGAAGUGAACCUCUGUUGCAUGAGAGAUGCUGCUCAAAUGAAACAAAUAUAUAAACACAGAUUCUUGGAUAAUACUAUAAUACUGGAAGAGUGUUUACAGCUGCCUUCAAAUGUCCUCAACUCAACAAGAGCUCUUUAGUUACACACACCUUGAAGCAGGUAGCCCUGUUGUCAUGGAGAUAUGAUAAUGUGUCAGUGUGUCGGUCCAGUGUUCAGUUCAGAUCCAGAACUGACUGGUAUCUGGAUCAAACUCCUUUGGUUUCAGUCCCUCCAUUAUUUAGUACAGUUCAUAUAAAAAGACAGUUUAACUAGGUCACAGUUUAAACUGGAGUUCAAAGGUGCCAUGAAAUUAAAUUUCUUCUAAGUUUAGACAAAAAAACUAAACUAUAAAUUGUUGGGUUUAAAUUGAAUCUUGUCAAGAUUUAAUAAGAAGUUUGGUGCAACAGAAUUGAACAUUUAACCAGAAUUGAGUCACGUUUUAAAGUUGCCGAUUGUGACUGAGCUUCUCAUCUUCGCAUCUCAUCCAGCUGUUGACUCAGGUUUGAAGUUUUUCAAUCACCUUUGACAUCAGCAGCUUCACCGUCUCCUGCACCAACGCAGGACUUAAACUGAAGUUCCCUCCGAUCAGAAGGUAGCCCUGCACAGACGGGCAGAACCAGGUGAUGUCAGGUACAUGAACAUCUAAACUGAUGCAGUGAGAUAGUUGUAUAAGGCAUGUAAACUGUAGGGCUGUCACUAUGGUACCAUGACUAUGUCACCGCCACUAAGCUCCCCACUACACUGUAAUAUACAGUGAUGUCAUCUGUAGUCCUAAAACUCAGAAAUCUGUUAGUACGUUAGCACUUCCUGUCCCUCGUCUCAAAAUCUGUGUGUUGAACAUGUUUUCAGUUAAAUGUGUAUAAUAAGGUGUGUGGUUACAGGCUGAACAUAUAAAAUCAUCAUUAAUGUCCCACAGUUUAAUCCUGAAGCUCUUCAUGUGUUAACAACAGUUAGCGGUUGCUAACAAGUGUCUGAAUGACGGACUAGUGAGUAGAUGAGUCUCCGUGUUGCUGUGAGGACGUUUAAUGUCCCCGACAACCUCUGUAGCCUCAUUCAGACACUUGUUAGCAACCGCUAACUGUUGUUAGCACAUGAAGAGCUUUAUGAUGCAAAUCGGAGAUGUUCCACAGUUGAAUGGGAGUGAAAACGGUAAUAUAUAGUGUAUGUUACGUGAAACAAACUGUAAUUGACAGACUAUCGAAUGAAUAAAAACAAAACUUGACUGCA